AAUUUGACUUUUCUGGCAACGUUCAACAAUAACCAUGCAUGUCUUGUUUACUUAUUCGGUUAAGAGAUUAAAUUUCUCUAUAUUGCAUGCUUUAAAACCAUUUAGCAAGACAAAGUUUUUAACGAUGGAUUAUGCGGAUCUUAAAACAUUCUCAUGUUACAAGGAAAAUAAUUACGAGGCUGCUGUAGAAACUCUUAACUCCCUGCAGUCUAAUGCGUCUGUUCUCGAAAAAGCCCGGCUACAGAAAGAUAGACAAGCAAUCACAAAUGUUCCCUUCACCGAAAAGUACCUUAAUCGUCUAGGAAUAUCACUUGACAAAAUUGAUCAACAACUCAAAAUUAUCCAUGUUUCUGGUACUAAGGGCAAAGGAUCAACCUGUGCAUUUUGUGAAUCAAUACUUCGUCACCAUGGCUUGAAAACAGGAUUUUAUUCCUCACCUCAUCUAAUUGAGGUGCGUGAAAGAAUUAGAAUAAACGGAAAACCACUGAGCAAAGAGGAAUUUGCCAGAUACUUCUGGGAAGUCUACAAUCCAUUAAAAAAUUAUAUGGAUGAUGAACAUGACAUGCCAGCUUACUUCAAAUUUAUGACUAUUAUGGCAUUUUAUGUUUUCUUGAAUGAGGAAGUUGAAGUGGCUGUUUUUGAAGUAGGCAUAGGUGGACUUUAUGAUUGUACAAAUGUCAUAAGAAAACCAGUGGUUGUAGGCAUCACUUCAUUGGGACUGGAUCAUGUUAGCUUAUUAGGUAACACUGUGGAAAAAAUAGCUUUUCAUAAAGCAGGAAUUAUGAAGCCCUCAGUGCCCACCUAUACUGUCAGUGAUCAACCUGGAGAAAGCUUGCACAUACUAGCUGAGAAAGCAUUAGAAAUCAAGUGUCCUUUGUAUAUUGUACCUUCACUUGACGAAUAUCAUUGGGCUCCUUACCAAAUCAACUUAGGUUUGUCUGGAAAGGUCCAAAGGAAAAAUGCCUCUUUGGCCCUACAGUUGAGCCGUGCAUUUUUAAACCCUAAAAUUGAAAGUGGACCCGCUGAGCAAGAAAAGUUUAUCUUUCCAGUCCGUGCUUUACCAUUUCAAAUCCAUUUACCUGAUGCCCUGGGAUUAGCUCAAACUUUCUGGCCGGGUCGCUCUCAAAUUCUUCGUCUGAAGGGCGCAACUUUUUAUGUUGACGGUGCGCAUACACCAGAGAGCAUUGAGGCUUGCGUUGAGUGGUUUCUACAUGCGACUUCAUCAAAUCGAAGUAGACGAAAGAGAGUGUUGAUGUUCAAUACAACAGGUGAUCGAAAUGCCAGUUUGCUACUUGCACCUUUAAUACGCUGCCAGUUCGACGUUGCAAUAUUCUGUUCAAAUAUUAUUUGCAUAGAUAAUGAAUCAGCAUCUAAAGAUUUACUGAACCUUAUGGUGACUAAAGAUCAACAAGUCCGCAGGAGUAAUGUUAACAGUGAUGCCUGGCUCGAAAAUGGUUUUAGAUCCAAUGGUACAUCAUCGCAGAAGCAAAUUGUUGUAGCUUUACCCACGAUAAGCUCAGCUCUUGAUUAUGUCAAUACUGAACUAGUCGACAAUGAAACUGGCGAGUUAGAUGUACUAGUCACCGGUUCUUUACAUCUCGUGGGUGGAGUUCUAUCACUCUUGGAUACAGAUCACAACUUCCUCCAGGUUGGCAAAACCAAUUAAUUUUCUCCGCAGACUUCUUAAUAUCACCUGGAACACUUGAAUUUAAAAUGGAGUCCAAUAGCUUUUAUAAAUCAUGUACAGAAAACCUAAUGUUGCCGUCACUAUGUUUUAAUGGAAUUCUUCAUAUGGUUA